GUCGCCUGAUCUUUGGGACAGCCUGUCACACAUCAUCUCUAAUAUCCUCAGUAACUGGGAAACUAACUCACCUGCAACCUCUCCUCCGACCAAACAACUCCCGCCCUCAUCGCUUUGACUACUGCCAUAUGACAUGGAAACCCAGCAGAAACACGGACAGCGCUUACUUUGCCACACCUGCCGGAGAAUGGAGAGCAGCAGAAUGAAGGUCAAGAUGUUCUCGUCCAGUCCUUCGCUGCUGUUCGCACUGGCCCUGACGCUGUACGCGCUGGAAAUGGCCUCGGCGGAGACGCUGUGUGGAGGAGAGCUGGUGGAUGCGCUGCAGUUUGUCUGUGAAGACAGAGGCUUUUAUUUCAGUAAGCCAACCAACAGGGGUAGCAACAGGCGUACGCAGAACCGUGGGAUCGUAGAAGAAUGUUGUUUCCGGAGCUGUGACCUCAACCUGCUGGAGCAAUACUGUGCCAAACCGCCCAAGUCCACGCGGGACGUGUCGGCCACCACUCUACAGGUCGUGAUGCCCGCACUAAAGCAGGAAGUCCCGAGGAAGCAGCAUGUGACCGUGAAGGUUUCCAAAUACGAGGUGUGGCAGAGGAAGGCGGCUCAGCGGCUCCGGAGGGGUGUCCCCGCCAUCCUGAGGGCCAAAAAGUUUCGGAAGCAGGCAGAGAAGAUCAAAGCACAGGAGCAGGCAAUCUUCCACAGGCCCCUGAUCAGCCUGCCCAGCAAACUGCCACCCGUCUUGCUUGCCACGGACAACUAUGUCAACCACAAAUGAGCCCGCUGCCAGCCCUUUGCACAGAGUUUGGAGGGAGAAAAAAAAAGACUAGGGGAUUAUAGCUUUGUCUCUGACGUCAUUUCUGUGGCAGUCCUCUUUGACCUCCCCUGCCCUGUCCGAGCCCACCAAUCCCUCCCCCUGCUCUCAUCCACUACUUCUUGACCCUCCGGCCCUAUUCUACUGCCCUCACCAAAACCGCCCACCCACCCUUCUCUGGCACACAGACAUGCCUUCACAUUCUUCCUGUUUGAAGUCUUUCGCUCCCUCUCUUUCAGUCACUGACACAAAAGGCACAAACACAAAUGAUGAACAAAAAGUUAACAAUUCGGCUGAUUGCAAUUCAGGUGGAUCCUUAAGCAAGAAAAAGGAAAGGGAGAAAAGAAGAUGAAAGACAUCUCUGGUUUGCAAGUGUCAAGAGGACACCGGCGGAAUGUUUUUGUCCUUUCGGACGACAACUGAGAGAGAAGAGAAGCUUGCAUGAAAGAAUCCAUUCCACAUCAUUUUUCCUGAGGCAACAAGAAAAUCUCUGUUAGUUCUUUUUCUUAUUAGUUUGCACCUCUACCUUUAAAGGGACUUCCACACUGUAAGGAAUUAUUUUGUAAAAUUAGAUUCCUGUUCCAGCACCUUUCGAUCACAAACAAAAGCAGAAAAGAGUCUGCAAAAUUGCACAUUGCCACGGAUUACGUCAAAGUAA